CCUGGAUAUAUAUAUAUCCAUCAAACUCCGGGUACGCACCCCACCACCGGAGUUUUGAAACAUCUCCGUUUAACGGCUAAAUCCAGUCUCUUUCAGCCGGAGAUACUCGCCGGGAAAAUGGACGAGUCAUGGAGGAUGAGAACGGGAGUGGAAAUACCUUCCACUACGGCGGCGAAAAACACUAGCUUCUCUCGCCGGCGAUCGACGGAGGAUCCCUCCCGCUGCCGGCGAACGACACCCGGCGACUCGGAAACUCCAGUUCUAGACCCAGAAGAUUUCAGCGACGUGUUCGGAGGGCCUCCUCGGACUGUCAUGCGCCGCCAAUUUUCAGGGAAUGGUUACCGGGAGUGUCUGCUGUACGAGGAGAUUUUCCUGCCGCCGGAGAAUGUUGUCCCGGCGAGCUGUGGACGGAAAUUGCCCGAAUUCAAGAUUCCUAUGGAUAAGUGCGGCCGGAUGGAUGAUGAAGGCUUUUACAGCGACAUAUUCGGGUGGGAAGGAGAAGAAGACAUGAGAAGAUCGAGGACGAGGUCCGGGUCGAAAUCCAAAGCAAGCUCGUCUUCCGUUUUGAGCUCGGAGAACGUCAGCCCACUCCGGCCGGCGAUCGGAGAAGCCGAUCCCGACGUUUCCUUCUUCUCUUCAAAGCUCAGGCCAAUAAAUGUGCCGUCCAGAUGGAGCGCGCGAAGAUUGCCUGAUGAAUACCCAGGAGGACAUCAUGGAAUGCCGGCAUUUUCUUGCCACCCCACUCCUCAAGAUACGGAAAAUAAGCCCAACGAGAGCCUCCGUAACCCUCACUUUGGGUUCAGCAGGAGGAAUUCGUCUCCCGAAACUAUAAGUGUUGACCCCAACUCUUAUAGAAGCCUCAAAAUCUCCACGGAUCACGAUUUGGAUCCCAAUUCUCCAUCUUCUGUCGGUUCUUCUAUCGGUCAAGACCUAGAGCCUGGUCUAGCCAGCAUAGUUCAAGAUAAGGUUGUGAGCGAUCACGUAGUAGUUUCAGAAGAAGAAGAAGAAGAUGACGACGAUGCUACAAGCUCAUAUGUUAUUGAGAUCAACGCGAGCAGUUUUAGAGAAUCGAAUAGUGAAGCGAUUGGUGUAGAUGAAGCAAUUGCUUGGGCCAAAGAGAAGUUUCAGAAACACUGCUCCGAGCUACGGGGUCAAGGAGAGAAAGAGCAUUCAGACAUUACAAGCACACAUCAGUCAUCUGAUGAGCGGAUUGACGGGAAUGAGUUUAAGCAAGCAAAAGUGAUUGAGAAAGUAGACAAGAGCGCAAAGGGAGAAGGAAGACAGAGUUUUGAGACUGAUAUGGAAAUGGAGUUAAUAGAUGAAAAGAUACGGUUAUGGUCAACCGGCAAGGAAGCUGACAUCCGGUUGCUCCUCUCAACACUGCAUCGUAUUCUAUGGUCUAACAGCGGUUGGCUUCCGGUUCAUUUGGCUUACUUAAUAGAAAGUUCCAGAGUGAGGAAGGCGUAUCAGAAAGCUAGGCUUUGCCUGCACCCCGACAAGCUUCAACAAAGAGGCGCAACCGUUCUGCAAAAACACAUAGCAGAAAAGGCCUUCUCAAUCCUCCAGGAAGCAUGGGCCGUGUUCCUUUCACAAGAUAUCCGCCUUGGUUGAAUGUGGCCUUAGGCCAAAUAGUGUGUCGGCUAUAGAAGCCAAAUCCCAUUGAGGUUUGAUGCAGAUUUGAAUAAUGACAAGGAGAUGGCAAUGGAAGAAACAAGGGCAGGAAAUUGCCAAACACUUGGGACACCAACCCUACAAUGCACCUGAAAUCUGAUUAUGUGUAGGGGGGGAGUCCUUCUCUAGGGCUGUCUGCCGGUUCAAGAGAUCAAAGUCAUGUACAAUGCACCUCCUUUCAUUUUGGGUGGAUGCUUGUGUUUGUAUUUAACUCUGUGUCAUCAUUGUUGUUGUUGUUAUAGAAGACAAGUUUUGAACUUUUGAUAGUGAUUUUUGUUUAUUUUUUCUUUUUGAAAGCUUUGAUAGGCUAGAUUAUUUCUGGUGUAAGUUUUGAGUGCUGUUAUAUGACACCUCUAUGUUGUCUUAUUGUUCAUAUACUUC